GUCAGAAUUUGAACUCAGAUUUUCUGGUCCAAAACUAGACCUCUGUUCAUUGCUUUGGGAGCAUAGCCUUUGAGAACAAGCCAGCUGGAAAAGUGUGAAACAUUUUGAGGGAAAAAUGGGAAGGUUCUAACAGAGAUGAUGAAGUAAUGGUUUCUAAUCUCUCUUUCAUCCAGGCCAACCACAAGGCUCUCUACCUUCAACAUCCUUCAGGAAACUCAGUGAUCAGAGGAGCCGGCCAAUGUUUCUGCAACAUAGCAUUCCCGUCAUGACAGAGGAGAUGGCCCGGAAUGCCCUUCUGAGCUUUGUGAAUUCCAGGUGUUGCUAUGGAAACCGAGCAGCUGGGGAGCUGGUCAUUCAGGAUCUGAGGCAGCAGAUGUUAUACAGAUAUCGACUGGAAACCUUUAGUGAAUCCAGGUUAAGUGAAUGGACAUUUCAACCUUAUACUAAUCAUUCAGUAGAUGGUCCAACAAAAGGAGCAUCUCCCAAGCCUUGGGACAUCAAAGUGCAUAUCCCUCCCAUGUUUCAGGAGGAGACUAAGAAGUUUCAAGUACCACACUCCUCCUUAGUCAAGGAUUGCCACAAAUGCCAGGGACGAGGACGGUACAAGUGCAGUGGGUGCCAUGGGGCUGGCACGAUGCGAUGUGCAUCCUGCAGCGGGGCCAAACGCAAGGCUAAGCAGUCUCGAAGAUGUCAGGUGUGCUCAGGUUCUGGGAGGAAGAGGUGCAGCACCUGUUCAGGCAGGGGGAACAAGACCUGCGCAAUAUGUAAGGGAGAGAAAAAGUUAUUGCACUUCAUCCAGCUGGUCAUCACCUGGAAAAACAGCCUGUUUGAGUUUGUCACUGAGCACCACAUGAACUUUCCAGAGGAGCUGUUGGUUAAAGUCAGAGGAGAAAAUAUAUUUAAGGAUGAAAAUGUAAUGGUAUAUCCUAUCAUCGACUUCCCCAAACAGGAGAUAUCUUUAGCAUCCCAGAGAAGCAUUGCUGAACACAGUAAUGCCUUGGCUGGGAGGUCUCGAGUUCUACAACAGCGUCAGACCAUUGAGCUAAUCCCAUUAACAGAAGUUCAUUAUUGGUACCAUGGGAAGACUUAUGUCUAUUACAUCUAUGGUUUGGAGAACAAGGUGUAUGCACUGGACUACCCAGAGAGAUAUUGCUGUGGCUGCACAAUCAUAUGACCACUGGUCAGAGCUCUUUCUAAAGAAGAGAAAUAAGAGACUGAAAUACAUAUCCAUCAAGGAAGAAGAACAAGGAUUACAGUUUGAGUACUCUGAUUUACUUAACAAAAAAUUGGAAAUCCUUCUAUAUUGGAUUGGAUCUAUAUUGCAAUUGGAAUUCCCAAAGAAAUAUUUGGGAGCAUCAACUUAAAUACCACUGAUUAAUCCAGGAAUAAAUAUUUGCACCUAAUAAGAACAAAGCCCUCUCCUAGUGCAUUCAGCUUCUCAACACACACUAGGUGCUUAAUAAAUGCUAGCUGAUUGAUUUACUGACUCAACAACCAUGUAUUGAACACUCACUUGAAACAGCAACAUGAAAGCAUAGUGCCCUCCUUUCACAUUUCUUUAUAAUCACUUUGUACCUUUUUUGUAUAUAAAGGCAGUUAAGAUGUAAUGAAUAGAGAGAUGACUUCAGAGGCAUAAAAUCUAGGUUCAAGUUUUGACUCUCCCACAUAAUGGUUGGUUGAUUGGGCAAGUGGCCCAAGUGACACUCAUAGAUUAUGUUUCAGAGCAGGUGCUGAUCUCCACUGAUAGAGGGAAUUUCCUUAACAUGAAUUCCCUAUGGAUGAAAUCACAAUUUCCUCUAUUUUAAUAUUGACAUGAUCUGUGUAUAUGUUGUUUACCCCCAUUGUAUGGAAACCUUUUGAAGUCACAUAGUGUUUCAUUUUUAUCUUUAUAACUGUAGUUCUUCACACAGAGGUUUAAAAAUAUACUUCUUGAAUGAAUAGAUCAAGUAAUUAAUUGAUUAUUAGUUUAUUAGAGUUAGAAAGACCAAGGAUUUAAGUUUUGCUGUAGUACCUCUGACCAUGAGUAACAUAAUCCCUGGCAACUUGUUUAAGACAUAAUUACAAAUUUAGAUUGCUAGAAGUAGUUUCCAUAUGAACAGCUUUUCUACAAGAAUAGACUCUCAGUUCGGGUCGGGGGGGGGGAGCAAACAAAAUAUAGAAGUAAUGUUGUACAGUGGUUAGAGCAUUGGAUUUGGAGCCAGAGAAACUUGGAUUCAAGUCCUUCUCCUGAUGGACUUCUCCAUACAACCUGUGUGACUCUAGGCAAAUAAUUUUUUCUCUUAGCCUUGGCUGCCUCUGAAAUUAUAAUAAUGAUGAUGAUGAUGAUGAUAGUUGAUAUGAAUAUAUAGUCCUUACUUUGUUCCAGACACUGUAAAUUGUAAUCUCAUUUCAUCUAUAAAAUGAAAAUUAUGACA